CAAACGGCAGUUAACAGCAGUUAAGUUGACUGUGAGAGGAGGGGCAACAUUGCUCGGAUUGUAGAGUUCAGGGGCUUAUAUGCAUCAAUUAGAGUCUAGGGGCUUAAUAGCGAUUCUGGGGUUGGUUCAGGGGCUUAACUUAUGGUUUUGCCUUAUAUUUUUAUUUUUAUUUUUGAUGAUUGACUUUAGAGGUGUUUCUAGCCUCUGAUAUUCAAUUCAGUAUUCAUGGAUUGAUUCUGCUCUUUCUUAGGCACUGAAGAUUAAGCAGGUUAGGGACAAGGGAUGCAUAUGUAGGUUCAUCCCAUCUUUAGAAGGUCGUGCCAAUCCAGCACGUUAGCAUGUUACUCAGAAUAAAAGCAAGUCUUAUAUAUCCUGAAGUCAUCAUAUUUUAUUGGGACCUGCCUGAUUAUUGUUGUAAAGCUUUGAGACUGGUAUACUAAAACCGAAGCAGGCUUCCUUUGUUCAAUGUGAAUAAGUGAGCUAAAAUAUGAUGCCUAGUGUAUGCCGAAUGUGGUUUACAUAUAUAUAGCUCAAGGAGGAGGAGGGUCACAAUUCUAAACUUAACCACAAAAUCUUGAAGAUGAUGAGUGUGGAAAACAGUUUUGAUAUAACAGUUCUUUAACUAGUUUAGCUUCCUGCAUUAUGUUUAUGUAACUUGUAUAUUUUUUCCUGUUGAUCAAGGGUUAGCAACCGGCUCCUGCACUACUUGUUAGUAUAAUAAAGUGUCUCAAUGGGAUGUCCCUUUUGACGCUUAUGGCAACAUGGCAUUUAUCCAUUAAGAGGAAGCAAGCUGAUAUCUGUGUCUUGUCAAUAUCUUGCUCUCACUCGUCUGGAUCUCUCCUUUGUGGUGAUUAAGCUGUCCCAAUUUAUGCAUAAACCUCCUGACGUACAUUGGCAGGACACAAAAAGUGUUCUCCGGUACUUGCGUGGGACUAACUUUCAUGGUCUACUGUUACAACCUCAGCGCUCUCUCUCUCUGCAUGCUUAUUCGGAUGCUGAUUGGGCCGGUGAUCCGUCUACCUGUGUUAGUACCACUGGCUAUCUGGUGUUCCUUGACUCUAAUCCCAUUUCCUGGCAAGUCACAAAACAAAAAGCAGUAGCUCGGAGUUCCACAGAGACUGAAUAUCGUGCCUCAGUGGCUGCUGCUUCUGAAAUGGUUUGGGUUCGAAAUGUUCUUCAAAAGCUUGGUGUUUCUAGUGUUCGUUCUCCUGCUCUGUUUUGUGAUAAUAUUGGUGCCACUUACUUAAGCCUUAAUCCGGCUUACACUCUUGAAUGAAACACAUCGCUAUUGAUUCACACUUUGUUCAUGAUCUAGUUGAUCAGAGAAUUCCUCAUGUUUCUCACAUUUCUUCUCACAACCAGCUUGCAGAUGGCCUUACUAAGAGCCUGUUUGGUGUGACUUGUGAGAGCUUUUGCUUUUUGAGUAUUGUGAUGAGUGAUGAGUUUAAAUUUUUAUUGAAGGGAAAAUAGAGCUUUUGCUUUUAG